UGGGGGGCUCCAUUCUGUGUUUUGAAGGAGGCAAAUCUUAACAAGUUGAGAAAUUAAACAGACAAGGUUCAAUUGAGUUUUUUAGAGAGGGGGGCCCAGUGCAGUGAUUUGAUUGGGAGGGGGCAGUGCCACUUUUUAAAAGCAUUUGCACAAAGUCCACAUUGUCAUAAUAUAGAUCAUGGAGAAUUAGUCCAACGAAUUUUAUUGGCUGUUGGGAGAAUGAAGAAGAGUGAGGAAUCACUACAGAGGCAUGGGUUUAAAAGUGUGAGCACAUACAUCUAGCCUGGUCCCUUCAUUUUACCCUCAAGGAGCUGAUUGCCAAAGAGGUUUUGUGAAUGAGCUAGUGAGGGAGCCAAGACCAAUUCGCUGGUUACCGGGUACCAGUCUGGUGGAUCUCGCUGCACCAAGCAUCCCUCAGCAUGCCCCAGAGAGUCCAAAAUUGAGCUUGACCACAGAACUUACCUGAGAUUGUGAUAUUCAGAAUGCCACCCUCUGCCAGUUCCCAGGCAGUAGGAGCCUCGGCAUGGACCCCGGAGUCCACCUACUGAAGCAGAACAGGGGUCUUAUUUUCCUCCUAAAAAAAUAUUUUAAUGGUAAAAAUUCAUAGUAAACCAAGAGAGUGAAACGCUUUCCUACCAGACUGCUGAGAAGCAUCCAGUGCUAAGAACUUCAGUGUCCUUCCAGAUCUAUAGUCAAUUUCCCAGACGUUUGUUUGCUUCCUCAUCUCAGGGUAUGCUUUCUUUUCUGGGCUUUCUGCCCCCCGUCUGCCUGGAGAUUCCAACAGGGCCGUGGGAUUGCACUGCACAGCACUGUCUCUACCUGGUCGCCAGAUUCCUGGUGAUGAGUGGGCCUCUGCAGAGGCUGCUGCUCAGAAGUAGAGAACUGGAGUGGUGGCCUUUUGAGCAGCCUCAUGGAAGCUCAUGGCCUCAGUCCCUUUACCUUUUGUCAAUUUGUGUCUUAAUGUAUAGAAAAAGGAAGGCUGAGGAAUAGUGGGGGGACUGGAUCAUUAUUCGACAUUUAGUAAACACCUCCUUUUAGGGAACAAAGAAGUACAAGACCCAGUCCUUUCCCUCCAGGAGCCCGAAGUCUAUGAUAUCUGUGAGAACAAAAUCAUAUGGCUAUAUGAAUGUGGUGGGGGCUUGAGAAGUACACACUUGAUCUCCCCAAGUCACCCUACAAGGAUACCAGACUAGGUAACCUUGGGAGACACUGGUCUAAAGAGGCCAUUUUGUUCCAUAAAUCUCCUUUUUAGUGUUUAACCAUGUCUAGUCAGGAUGGCACUAUAGGGGUACAGGUGAUUGGAGUUGAGUGUCUUAGUCUCCUAGGGCUACCAUAAGAACAGAAAUUCAGUUUCUCAGCCAUGGUUUCCAAACCAAAUCUCCCAACACACUAUCUCACAGCAGCACCAAGACGGGAUUAAGUAUCUGAAACCAGGGUGAGCUUGGAAAAUCCAAGGCAUGUGAGUACCUUAGUUAGGCUACGGUGGGUUGGCCUGGCACCUGACCCCAACUGUUUAUAUGGGGAAGUGUGUUUCCAGUUUCUAAAAAAGCAAGUUGCAAGGGGUGAACUUUUGGAAUAACCAGGCCACUUGCCAUUUGGGGCCACAUCUCUUUUCCCCGACUAGAUUACAUGUUCUUCCCUCAGGACAGAAUCUAAGUUUUGUACAAUCUUUAGUCCCUUGGCACGCCUCGCGGAGUGCUGGGCACAUGGAAAACUCAGCCAAGGGCCUUCGUCGGCCUUUUGUUCUGAGCGUGCCCUUGACAGAGACAGACAGGGCCCUCCUGAACCGUCCAGCCCAGAGCUCCAGGCUGCUGUUCACCCUCCGGCCACAAGGGGCGCGGCGGGGAUGCACUCGGUGGAUCCAGGCGGCAAAGACCGUCUUGGCUGGAAGGCCCCCGCUCCUAGAAUGCACCGCGCGUCUCCCAGCAUGCCCCUGCGUCAACACAGCGGCGGCGGCUUCCAGCUGUGUCCGGCGCGGCCGGGAAACCAGGCGUCGCGGGCGUCGAGGGCGGCGGUGACGAUGGCGGAGGCGGCGCCAGCGUGGGUGGAACUCACUGGAAGUCUGCAGCUCCAGCCCCAACGAGAAAUCUCUGCCCAGAAUGUAUUCCGGUAUUCUGGCUAUGUAUACUUGCACAAGAGAAAACGUUGCUCCACACCUUUAAGUUCUUCCACACUUCCUCCACAAGCAACAGAAAAAAGCUCAUACCUGCAGACUGCAGAGAUCUCACUCUGGACCGUGGUGGCUGCUAUCCAGGCCGUGGAGAAGAAAAUGGAGUCCCAGGCUGCCUGGCUACAGAGCCUGGAGGGGCGCACGGGGACGGCCGAGAAGAAGCUGGCUGACUGUGAGAAGAUGGCCGUGGAGUUCGGGAACCACAUGGAGAGCAAGUGGGCCGUGCUGGGGACGCUGCUGCAAGAGUACGGGCUGCUGCAGAGGCGGCUGGAGAACAUGGAGAACCUGCUGCGCAACAGAAACUUCUGGGUCCUGCGGCUGCCCCCGGGUAGCAAGGGCGAGGUGCCCAAGGUGUCCAGGUCAUUUGUGGAUGAUGAAGUCUGUCUUUCAGAGCAGGAGUGGGAGAACCUGGAGGACUGGCAGAGGGAGCUUUACAGAAAUGUGAUGAAGAGCAACUAUGAGACUCUGGUCUCUCUGAAGGUUCUUGGCCAACCCGAUGGAGAAGCAGAGUUGGGUGCAGAGAUGCUGGGUGGCUUGGAGGAGGAAGGCCCUGGUGAUGCCCACCCAGUAGACAGGGGCACGAUCAAACAGGAGGUAGAGUACCAGCAGGAAGGCUUUGCAGAGCUUUCUGGAGAGUUCCUGGGCACAGCUGAAGAGCAAGCUCUCCUGAGCCCAGAGCAGACAGUGCUCUGGGAUGGUCAGGGCAGCUCUGUCUCCAUGGAGUCAGGCCCCAGGGGCUUGGAUGCAGAGGAGCCCAUUGAGAGCAGUGGAGACCCCAGCAGGGUCAGGACUCAGGGAGGCCGCCGGAAACCGGCAUCCAGUAGGCAGGCACAACUGGGUCAGGAAGGGCAGCCGGGCCUGCAGCUGCAGAGGGACACCACUGGCCCCUACGGGUGUUCUGAGUGUGGAGUCAGUUUCUGUGGCAAGCAACAGCUGGUCCUGCACCAGCAAAUCCACUCGAGGUGGGUGUCUCACGAAGACCCAGAGCCCAGGGAGGACCUUCGACCCAGGCUGCAACUCAAGCCUCAGGCCAAGAAGGCCAGGCUGCAUCAGUGUGGCCUGUGCCCACGGAUCUUCAGUUGUAAGGUGAGCCUGACCACCCACCAGCGCUGCCACCUGCAAGAGGGGCCCGGGGCCGACCCAUGUACCCAGGAGAGGUUCUCGCCCAACAGCCUUGUCCCCCUCCCCGGCCACAUCCCUUGGAGGAGAAGCCGGAGCACCCUCAUUUGUGGCUACUGUGGCAAGAGCUUCAGCCACCCUUCCGACCUGGUGCGGCACCAGCGCAUCCACACGGGCGAGCGGCCCUACGGCUGCCCCGAGUGCGGCAAGAGCUUCAUCCAGAAACAGCACCUCCUGCAGCACCAGAAGACCCACCAGCGCAAGCGUGGGGGGCCAGCCCUUGAGCCUGGGAGGCCCAAAGGCCUGCUUUAAGGGGGCUGGCCCCUCGCCGUCCAGGGGGGCGGGGGGCGCGGCACUGGUCCCCCUGAAGAGCCGCUGCAGACAGGCAGGUUGGGUAGGCAGGCACAGUCUCCAGUGGUUUGCCUUCCUCUGACCCCAGGCUGGUACAGCGGCUCUCCUGAAGCCACGUGGGGCAGAGGGGUCUGGGGCCGGGCCUCUGGUGCCUCUCCACCUGCUGAGGUAGCUCUCUUGAGGUCCCCCUUGAGGGGCUGGGGAGACAGUCUCAAGGCCAGACCCAGCGUGAAUGUCUUCCUGUCAGGGUUGAGUGGGGCCAGAGGUCGAGCAGGUGUAUGGAAGAGCUCCAGGACGCACAGCCUCCUUUUCCUCCUGUUUUCAUAAAACAUAGAAGUAACUUUUAGUCAACUGCUUACCCUGCUCUGAAGAACCUUCUUUGGAAUUGGAUUUUUGUUGAUUUAAAAAAAUAUAUAGGCCAACACUUGUUUUCUAAAUUUCAAGAGUUGUUGAAGUCGUUCCUGACAUGGGGACUGGGCCUGCCCUGUAGGAGGGAACAGUUUUGGGGGCUCCUGGAGCCCACACAUAGGUCAGAGAUGAGGGUACAGUGUGCUGGGUGCCUCUGGGGGGCACUUGGCACUCUUCGUGGGGGCUCCUUAUCUGAAAAGAACCAAGAGGAAGAGAGGAGGCGGCUAGAGCCCACCACCCAGCCGGGAGUGAACGCUGGCCCUGGGGUUGGUUUCUCAGCACACCUCCGUGCCUCUGCCAGCCCUGUCCUGCCUGCAGCCCUGUCCUGCCUGCAGCCCUGUCCUGCCUGCAGCCCUGCAGCCCUGCAGCCCUGCAGCCCCGCAGCCUCUGGGAUGGAAGUCUGCUUUGUUCCCUAAUGCCGUUCAGAUUGUACCAGCGUUGGCUGAGCUUCUUCAGACUGCACCAGUUGUCACUUGAGGUUGUUCCAGCCACACAGUGUCCAAGACGAUGGAGAAAGGGCCCAUGGCUGCUUGCUCAGGAGUGUGAAUGGGAGUGGGCUCCUGGGCCAUGGUAAACGUCCCGAGGAUUUGCAGCUGCCUAGAAUAAAACCUGCUACUAGCAAAAACUUGCGCAUGUUGGGUUGUUUUUCUCCAUUCCUUACGAAUGCUUUCCUGGGCCAAGCUGGGGAGGGCCUGGAGCCUACCUAGCCUGCAUCUCCCCGUAAGCCCAGGACAGACAGUAGGAGGGCAGGCAUGCCUGAGAGUCUUUGUGGGACCGUGAGUGUGGUGGAGAACGGGCUGUCGCAGUGCGUGUCUGUGGUGAACAGGGGCCAUCGCAGCAUCUGUGUGUGCACAUGUGUGGUGAACGGGCCAUCGUGGUGUGUGUGUGUGGUGAACAGGGACCAUCACAGUGUGUGUGUGUGUGCACACGCCUGUGGUGAACAGGGGCCAUUGCAGUGCAUGUGUGUGUGAGAGUGUGAUGAACAGGGGCCGCCACAGUGCAUGUGUGUGUAUGUGUGCACCUGUGGUGAACAGGGGCCAUCGUAGUGUGCGUGCGUGUGGUGAACAGGGGCCAUCGCAGUGCAUGCGUGUGUGUGGUAAACAGGGUCCAUUGCAGUGCGUGUGUGUGUGUGUCUGUGUGUGUGGUGAACAGGGGCCAUCGCAGUGUGUGUCUGCGUGUGGUGAACGGGCCAUUGCAGUGCGUGUGUGUGUCUGUGUGUGUGGUGAACAGGGGCCAUCGCAGUGUGUGCGUGUGGUGAACGGGCCAUCGCAGUGCGUGUGUGUGUGUGCACGUGUGGUAAACAAGGGCCAUUGCGGUGCGUGUGUGUGUGUGGUGAACAGGGGCCAUCGCAAUGUGUGUGUGUGUGGUGAACAGGGCCAUCGCAACGUGUCUGUGCGUGUGGUGAACAGGGGCCAUCUCAGUGCAUGUGUGUGUGGUGAACAGGGGCCAUCGCAGUGCGUGUGUGUGUGGUGAACGGGGGCCAUCGCAGUGCGUGUGCGUGUGUGUGGUGAACGGGGGCCAUCGCAGUGCGUGUGUGUGUGUGUGGUGAACAGGGGCCAUCGCAGUGUGUGUGUGUGCACAUGUGGUGCACAGGGGCCAUUGUGGGGUGUGUGUGUGUGUGGUGAACAGGGGCCAUCGCAGUGUGUGUGUGUGUGUAUGCAUGUGGUGAACAGGAGCCAUAGUAGUGCAUGUGUGUGUAGUGAACAGGACUAUCUGUGUGUGUGUGUGUGUGGUGAACAGGGGCCAUCUCAGUGCAUGUGUGUGUGGUGAACAGGGGCCAUCGCAGUGUGUGUGUGUGUAUGCAUGUGGUGAACAGGAGCCACAGUAGUGCAUGUGUGUGUAGUGAACAGGACUAUCUGUGUGUGUGUGUGUGUGGUGAACAGGGGCCAUCGCAAUGCGUGUGUGUGUGGUGAACGGGGGCCAUCGCAGUGCGUGUGUGUGUGUGUGUGUGUGUGUAUGUGUGGUGAACGGGGGCCAUUGCAGUGCGUGUGUGUGUGUACUGGAGAACAGGGUCCAUCGCAAUGCGUGCGUGUGUGUGGUGAACAGGGGCCAUCGCAGUGCGUGUGUGUGCACAUGUGGUGCACAGGGGCCAUUGUGGGGUGUGUGUGUGUGUGGUGAACAG